UUCCGGAUACCAAACAUGGCGACCAUCAAAACGUUUUGAUGACAACCUACGGAAGUUAGAGUUGCCCCACCCAUGUUUCCUUUGAGUUAGGAAGUUCAGCUGUUCUGUAGUAUUAACAAUUUGCGUUUUUUGGAAUGGUUCACAAUGUUACAAGUUACCAGCAUUGGAAGCGGAUAGGGACUAGGACGAGUUUAUUUAGGAAACGACAGUACACGGAUAUUUGUUUCAUUCAGUUCUAAAGAAAAGCACGGAAGGGUUACCUGUUGGUUUGCCUUGUCUUGCUGGAAUACCAGAGGCUUAUCCUACAACUUAUCCAUAUUCACAAACUAUAUAACAGUCAGAAGUCACUACUGAAACCAUGGAACAUCUUUUUACGAAAGACCUGGAGAAGUAUAAAAACCUUGAUGAAGAUGAAAUCUUGAAUAAGUUGUCAGAGGAGGAGUUAAAGCAAUUGGAAACUGCUUUGCAAGACCUUGAUCCUGAGAAUGCACUCCUGCCAGCAGGCCUGAGACAGAAGGACCAAACAAACAAGAAAGCAACAGGCACUUAUGACAGGGAGAGUCUCUUGGCAUUUUUAGAAAAGGAAGCACUGGAAAUCAAGGAUAAAGAAGAUUUUGUACCUUACACUGGAGAAAAAAAAGGAAAGAUGUUUAUUCCUAAACACAAGCCUGUGAUGCCUCUUAUAGAAGACCAGAUUACGCUUGAUCCUGAACUGGAAGAAGCUCUUACUAGUGCUAGUGAUACCGAACUUGGUGACCUUGCAGCUAUACUUGGAAUGCAUACGCUUAUUGGUACUAGUUUCGGCGACACAAGGGGAAGCGGUGAUGGUUUUAAUAAACACAGCAUUAAAGAUGUGGUCAAAUGUGAACAGCUCAUCCCAGUUCCUGAUGAGCCUCCAAAUCCAACAAAUGUUGAAGAGAGUUUACGAAGAAUAAAGGCCAAUGAUCCUCGGUUGGUUGAAGUGAACCUGAAUAACAUAAAGAAUAUUCCAAUUCCAACAUUAAAGGAGUUUGCAAAAACACUGGAAUGCAACACUCAUGUGAAGUCAUUCAGUCUUGCAGCAACUCGAAGCAAUGACCCUAUCGCUUCAGCCUUUGCAGACAUGUUAAAGAGAAACAAAACAUUGAACAGCCUUAAUGUUGAAUCUAACUUCAUUACAGGAACUGGAAUCUUAGCAUUGGUAAAUGCCCUGAAAGAAAAUGACACCUUAACAGAAAUUAGAAUUGAUAACCAGCGGCAACAACUGGGUACAGCAGUGGAGGUGGAAAUUGCAAAAAUGCUGGAGAAGAAUACAACUAUCAUAAAGUUUGGCUAUCAUUUUACGCAGCAGGGACCUCGAGCCCGGGCAGCAGCUGCCAUCACAAAAAACAAUGAUCUAGUUCGCAAGAAACGUUUGGAAGAAGAUUACCACUAGGAUUAUGGAGCACUGUAAUAGGUCAUUUAGGAGAAUGUUUCAGAGCACAUGGCUGUGGUUGAAUCUCCUGUUUGCAAGCUUCAUGUGCUGGGAUAAAAGGGGAAAAACUGGAAAACCGUAGUACUUUAGUGGUAAAUGCAUUUUGCUGUAUGACAGUGUUAUGCAAUACUUCUAUAAUUUUGGACCUCAUAAGGACAUCAAAUGCUACAAAGGAAAAUAUUUCUGAACCUUGCCUUCAGGAGUUGUGUAUUUUUGUGUCUUGUAAACAUGCUUUUUAAAUAUACCAAGUCACUAUUGUCUUUAAUCAUUGGAAGCAUCAAGAGAAUAUAUAUGUUUGUAAAGAUGGCCUGGAAGACUUCAUUGAGUUUCUCUUGCAUAGAAUACAUUUGAUAAUGAACUGCUAAAUAAUGACAUAAAAAUGCGUGCCACAUCAUAUGCAGCAGUUUUCAGAAUUCUUGACCUUUGUUAUGAUAGCUGUUAAACUGUCAUUUAUGUUUGUCAUGUAUUGCGUGCUCAUAACAGCUGAUAUCCACAUUGUUACAAUGAAUGCUGAAACUGUAAAUGCUCUUAUCAAUAUUACAGUAUUUUAACUCUUUCUUCCCAUGAAGCUGGUGCCAGUAACAGAAACACAAGAAGUACAAGAAAGAUGCCAGGGAGUAUAAACUACAUUUCUCUAGUGAUUUCAUUUUUAGGGUAAAAAGUGGAAUUUAAUAGUGAAUCCUAUGGUGCCCUUAUUUAAUAUUACGAUUGCACUGUACUUGAAUAUGUUGCAUCUGUUCAGUAUGUUUAAUGUCUUGCUUACUUUUGUAAAACUGAAUUUUGCAUCCUUACUUUGUUUCUGAACUUUUAAAGAUACUAAUGUUCCAUUUUAACUUGCAACCUAUGUUUUACCACAACUUGAAGGGAAAGAUUAAGCCAUUAUCAAAGAUGCUGAAAUCGUUUCCAUUUUCUGUGCUUUGCAAAGCCUCUCAAUAUCUGAUGCAGUGCUGUUAUCUGGAAGUAUUUUGAAGAGAUGCACUUAGAAGUAUUUUUUUUCCACUGACUGUUGAAUGUUUCUGAUGUGGUGGAGGUACUUGUUACUACUGGAUCUGUGCCGCAGUGUUAUUGGUGCAGGCAUUAGCCACUCAUUCUUACCCCCCCAAUCCAUCUCCCUCCCUCAGUGCCUAGACCACUCCUCAAAUCUUUAUUAUCUAGGUCAAUCAGAUUCCCUCUGCACUAUGGAGCCAGCACAUCUUUCACAAGCAUUUCACAAUGAAAGAAUUCUUAGCACUGAUUUUUUGCAGUUAAUGGCAGCAUCCUUCAGUUCAGAAUUUUCCUUUACAGAAAUGAGAACUAAUAAUAGAGGUAUCUAACAUGCAUCAGAAUAUACAGCGACAUAAACUAACAAUAACCCCACAUUCCAUUUUCUAUCCAUUCCAUUAUCACAGGUGAGGACAGAGCCUAAUUCGGUCAGUACUAGGUGUAAGGCAGAAACCAGCCCCAGAAAAUAUGUUAGUCUGUCACAAGAGGCAUGCAUGUAGAUGCACAAACCCACAAACCUAGGGCCCAUUUGUUGUCUUUCAGCAUUACUUUGAACUUUGGGAAGAAAGUGGAGAAUCUUGUGAAGAUUAAAAGUAAAAUGUGGAAUUCAUUGAAUGAAACAAAAUGUUAUAAUGAUAUUUUCUGAAACUGUAGAUUAUUUUGUAACAAACUAAUAACUGAAUGCUGUCAUUGUACUUGCAGAAAUUUUACUGCCUGCAGUAGUGGGAGGUUGAGGCUAGGGAGUUCCCUGGAAGCAUGCAAGUCAAGAAGGGAGUUUUUUCAAGACACUUGGAUUUUUCUCUCCCUUUGUCAUUUGUACAUUAUUAUGUGCGAUUGUGUGUUUUGUCUUUUAUAUGUAGACUAAUGUAACUUAUACAUAAAAGCAUAUAACAUGCCAUAGCUGUUAAAGAUAAGGUAUAUCAAUGUGGAUUCCCAUUUGCUUAACUUAACGUAGUUUGAAAACUUGUCUAGUUUGCCAUCAGUAGACUACAAGUGCUUGUUGAUGAACCCAGUAUUUUAGUAAUAUGUAUUGCCCACUGUAGUAAAUAUAUUAUACAUUUUAACACUCCUAAAGGACGUGUAUUUGGUCAUUUCAUAUGGAAGUUUUUUCUUGUUGUUGUCAUUUCUAUGUAAGUAUAAAUUUCUCAUCUAUUCGCCCUCUGUUCUUCCAGGGAAUCCCAAAAGCUCAGAUUUGUUAUCUUUUACAUUUUGACUGGAAUCUAUGCAAGUAAAGAGAUGCAUUCACUUUCUAAUGUUGUAUAGUAGAAACUGCACUUAUAGUCUCUCAGUAGCAAGAGUCAUGCUUUGUUUUGUCCAUAGGUUUUUAUUUUACUGUUCUUUGGCUAUCAUACAUAUUUAUAUUUUCAAAUUUCUAUUUAAGCAUACCAUACUUAAGUUGGGUGGUAUGGGCUUAACUGUGUUGUAUCAUGCUGGGUAGUCUUUAGCCUUCCAUAUUAAGAGAAACAAAAAUUUCUCACAUGGACCAUUUUCAUUACUUAAGUUGGUGUUUCAUCUUUAAACAUUAAUGAGUGUUAAAACUAAGAAGCCAUAAUGACUGCAGGAUUCUGUGUCAUGUUAGCUAUGUUUAAAAAUAUAUAUGAUAUGAUGUAUAGCAGUGUCAUUCCUUGUAUAACAUAUUCCUUUUUCAUCAUCAGAGUUUCAGAGCAGUGGAUCCAAUUUGGAAAUUAAAAUUUUCUAAAAUGUUGGCAAGUUAUUAAAUGAUUAUAAAUCAAUAUCAAAAUGUAUGAUAAUUAGACGUUAAUCAAGUGCUGUAAAACUUAAAUUGACAUGUUUCUUUUGGAUGUUUUGUAUAACUGUUGUUAAAAUGUCUUCAUUCUUGCAAAGAAUGUGCUUCUAGUCAAUUUAAUCAUGUAAUGAAAUAUUUCUAAAUGUCUUACUUUUGAGUUAAAGUGACCACAUUAUGCUAGCUUCAGUUCUACCUUUUCUGUUGUAUGAUAUGUCAACAUCUUUUUCAUCACAUUUUUAAAUUUGUUUAAUUAUUGUCUUUCUCUGGGGAAUUUCUGCCUUACAUUUUCCAAACAUUGAUCAGUCAGUAAAGCCCCCCCCUGGGCUGCUGCAGUUGAUCAAAUUAGCAUAGCCAGCUACUGGUGGGAAGCCAGUGCCAGAUCUUUAAGUCUGUCCUUUGAGAUUUCUGUAGCUCUGCUUGAUUUUCAUUGAUUUAGAUUUUCUUACAGUCUCUCUGGGAAACGUAUAGAAAGAAAAAUAUUUUGGGGGUAGUAGUAUGAGAAGAAUGUUUUUUAUAUAAAAUAAUUGUAAAGUUUCUGUAUUUUAUAAAUGUAAAAAUAUACUUCUAGGUGCAGCUGUCGAAUGGAACUGAUUGUGUGCUUUAUCUUUUUUGGGACUUAAGCUUUUGCAGAGUAUUUGUUAUGAGUAAAGUAAUAUUUCAUGAGUUUUGGUGGCAUUAGUCGCAUGUCUCUAUGAUUGUGUCUUGACAGGGUUAUAAAAAUAUUUCUUCUGAUGGAGUUUAAAAGUUAAAUUCAUUUUGACUUAGACUUUUAGUUUAUGUAAUAACUUUCUUAGGUGGCUUUUGGAAGUCCGUUUUUUGUUAUUAUAACAAGUAGCAAGUUUAUUUUUUAGUUUUAGUAAGGAAAGCAGAUUUUAAAGAUUGGCGUUCAAAACUGAUGUCAGUCUUAUGUUAGAAUGCUAAGAAAGGAGUACAAGAGAGCAUUAGAAAGAGAGGUAGAUGCUUUAUAAACCUACUGGGACUGUCUGAUCAGUCUAGUUUUACUUAUUACCAACCAUUCCCCAUUGCAUGAGAGGUUGGAAGCUUUAAUUGAACCUGUUUUGCACAGCCAGAUGAUGUUUGUUGAGGGUUCUUUUGUGUAAAGAUUUUAAUUUCUGAUUUAAGUCCCUUUCAUUUGGUAUUCACCAAUCUGGCUUCAUUAUAGCAAAGGAUAGUAAGAAAUUUGCCACCAACAGUUCUAUAUGUUAAAGAGUAUGUGCCAUGUAAUACUUUUAACCAAAAAUGAUAAAUGCACACCGAUGUCAACAACUCAUUUAUUGCAAACAUUAAGUACUUUCAUUGCUCAUAUAGUGGGACUUAUUCACAACAUAACUGAUAACAAACAGCUCCAUUUUUAAAAGAAUAGGGAAUCACAUGAACAUAGAUGCACGAAAAUCCAUAAAAGCAUUAGUUAAAAGCAUUCCAUUAUUCAUUCACAUCCUAUAAAAACACGUCUGGGCAACCAUUAUAAUUUAGCAGCACUCACUUUCAGUAUAAAGUUAACAGAACCAUUUUCUUUAAUCCUGCUCUUGCAUAGCAUUUAAUUUUAAUUGCCAUAGCAACUCCUUGUAUUCAGUUCUAGUCUUCUAAUUGCCACCAUACACAAGAAGUAUAUUUUUUCUAAAAAAAAAAAAAAAAACCCUAAAAUUUUCUCAUUUGUUCUUAUGUUAUAGUCAUAUUAAAAAUAUACUCCUAAGUUUUCUUUCCAUUUUACCUACAUAAAAUGAGUCACAUGACAGACGUAACAAUUGUCAUUGCUAAUCAGUUAUGUUUUGAAGAAAUCUCGCUCUAUGAGGGACAAAAAGAACUUAACUUGGUCCCUCCAAUGUGUUCUCUUAAUGUUUAGCUCCAGCUGCAGUUGUACUCCCUUUUUUUCAUAUGGAUGUUCACUUAGUUCAGGUCCAUUCUUUUGACAGAUAAUGGACAAUUGGACAAUCUUAGUAUGAUAACUCCAUUUUAGAUGGUGUCGGUUUGAUGGUCAACAAAAGGAAGUCUCAGCUGAACCCCUCAUAAAGCAGUAGACACUGAUUUAGGAUCUUUUCACACCUCAAGAGCAUGUUCAGACUCUUGCUUCUUUGACCAAGCAGCAAAAUGCUGCAACAAAAGAUUGAAGUAUUAUAUAAGUGUUUGUUGGAGUUUCAUUAUUUCAUAAGAUCCUUUAAAAGCAUGAAGAGAAGUUCAGUUGAUUUUCAUUGCUGAUUUCUGGCUCAGCAACACUUUGCUCUGUUUUUUAAAUGGACAUGGUAGAAUGUUCAUUUGAUUUCCCCUUCUAUUCCAGCAGGAAAGUAAAGUCUGGUUUCCACGAAUCUAAUCUUGGCCCUCCAUGUCUCACAGCUCAUAGACUGAGGUUUUGAUUUCCGCACUAUUCUGUUUCAUGCAGAGUUUUCCAGGUGGCUAAGAAAUUACCUUCUACAACGUCUUACCUGUCUUGAGUGCAGAAGCCAGUUUGUGUAAGGAUGGUGGUUAGACAUCUUUUUAGAUGACAAUAGUUAAAGGAUUGUAGUUUUCUUCUCUUAAGGCUCACUAUGAGCAUGUUUUUUAUGGAAGUACUUCAGCUUAAUGCCCCCAUUAAGUUUGAUUUUCCUGUCUAACCCUUUCUUUGAAAAUAUAGAUGACACCUCCUUUUAAGCCUACAUAUUCAGUUUUCUUGAAUUUCUUGUCUUGCAAACAUCUCGUCUUUGGCUGUUACCUUAUCUAGGAGCAUUUCGUAGUUGCAGGCACUUGUGUGCACAGAAACUUGCACAAUAUUCCCAGUUAGUGUAUCUUUAACUACAACUCCUUUUAUGCCUGAAGGUGUGAUGGACAUUAGUUUUGAUGAAAGGAUAGAGAUUCCUUCUUUAUGUCAUCAUUCUGAAAGACCAAGGACAUUACUGUUACCCAAUAUUGAACCUUAGGAGACUGCUGUUUUGAGUAUGCAUCCAAAAAGUUAAAGAAUCUGGAUCAGUUUUUGUCUGUUUUUUGACUAAUGCACUUGAGACAUUAGUCUGCAAACCAUUUAAAACCGGACUGUUAGCAGUAUAGCGUUUUAUUGUAACUGUUUAAAUCCUUUCACGGGCUCAUCUUUCAACGAUCACUGCUUCCUGUGCUGAUUUCUUGAUUCUUCAAGGUAGCUGACUGCAGUGUAGCUGUGCAGUUCAUGGUCCACACCUUUACAAAGCGUUUUAAUCUGGUAUGCAUUUAUGAAGUUAGUGGUGUAUUAGCUUCAGACUGCCAUCUAAAGUGUGUUAGCUGGGACCUCCACCUAGGCUUUGUAUUUCUAGUUUGGCCUUUUACACAAGCACUAAGGACCAGUAUGACAUGUUGUGGUACAGUUAUGAUAGGUACUCAAAUAACACUAAGCAAGUGAAUUGUCCUUAUUUAAUACUUGGAUUCCAUCCUGCUACUACUCAGUCUUUGUUGACUUCACUUUUCUUAACUGGGUUAUGUUGUUACAUCAUAGUGCUGUAUUGAGUUCUGGAUAUGAAUGCUAUAGGAGUUGAAUGCUGUAUAAAGCCUUUUAUAGCCUUUGCUAAAUGCACAGAAUAAUGGUUAAUUGUGUGGUUAUUCUGUGAUGUAGGAGGGCUGAAGCUAUGGUGCCAUAUAUCUUGACUGACUCUGCUUGUUAUUUGCAAUUGGAUAAAUUGGUGGUCUAUUUCUACCCCGACAAUAUUAUAACUCCUCUUGAGACAGGCAAGUUCAUGAUUUUCCCAUUAAGUUGUAAUAUAAGAGAGUAAUCUUAUAGAACAUGCUUUACUAUGGGACUAUUGGUAAGGGCCCACCUACUGUUUUUCCUGGUUUCAAAUGUUAUAUUAAAUUACUGAGCUAAUUUACUGCAAGAGAUUUGUCUCCAAGGUCAGAGGUUUGCUUCACCCCUGAGAGCUGAGUUAUGCUAAUGUGGUCAACGUCAGUUAAACCAGAUUCCACCUGUGAUUCAUAUUGCUUUUUGGGAAAACCUGAGUUACUACUGCACACCAGGGGGCAAUAAACAAUAACCAGAACAUGUUUAAAACUCCGAAGUCAAGAAUGAUCCUGUUACAUACUAUUAUGGUGAGUCCCUUGCACAACUGUGCUUUUCUGGGUGCAGUCCAUUUUUGUCUUGUCAUUUUUAUACAGUUUUAUCUUUAAAAGGGAUAACAUUUUGUUAGUUUGUAAAGUUCAGAUAUGCUAAAAUAAAGUAGUGUGUUGGAGAAUA